GCCUGUCGCCUGAGCUUUGGGACAGCUUCACACAACAUUUCUAUAGCCGCAGAAACCGGGGAACCUAAUUUACCUGCAACUUUCAUUACCAAAAUACAUUAAACGUACGCAGAAACCACAGAUAUGGAGGACAAGCAGAGACACGGCUACCACUCAUGUCAUACCUGCUUAAAAACAAAAUACAGAAGAAUGAAGAUCAGAUGGAUUCAAAUGCUGGCGGUCUUUGCUUUAUUCGCCGGCUGCACCGUGAAGGAAGCAUCUGCCGAGACGCUGUGCGGCGGUGAGCUCGUGGAUGCCCUGCAGUUCGUCUGUGAAGACAGAGGUUUUUAUUUCAGCAGGCCGACGAGCCGGUCGAACAGCCGCCGUUCGCAGAAGGGGAUAGUAGAGGAGUGCUGCUUUCAGAGCUGUGACCUGCAGCUGCUGGAGCAAUACUGCGCCAAGCCCGCCAAGUCGGAGAGGGACGUCUCGGCUACCUCGCUGCUGGCCGUGCCCGUGCUGUCACCGCUGACCAAGGAGGUCCCACGAAAGCAUGUGACCGUGAAGUAUUCCAAAAACGACGUGUGGCAGCGGAAACCCGCCCAGAGGAUGCGCAGGGGCAUCCCUGCCAUUCUGCGCGCCAGGACCUUCCGGAGACAGGCCGAAAAGAUCAAGGCCCAGGAGCAAGCUGCCUUCCACAGGCCUCUCAUCAGCCUUCCCAGCACUCUGCCACCAUCCCUGCCUCCCACAGAAAACUAUGUCAGCUACAAAUGAAUUCGGGAUUGUUUGCACAGACAAGAGCUGAAAAAAAAGACUAGGGGAUUAUAGCUUUGUAUCUGACGUCAUUUCUGUGGCGGUUCUCUUAAGCUCUUUCUUUCCUGGCCAUCUAUCUUUACACUCAUACAUUCAGACGCCCUCCUGUCUCAACCUACUCUCCUUCUCCCUCUCCCCCUCUCUCUCUCUCUCUCUCUCUCUCACGUUCACACACAAAAGAACACGCAAAUUGUAAACCAAGUUGACUAUCAGACCGAAUGCAAUUCAGGUGGAUAUUAGAAAAGGAUCAAGGAGGACAAGAAAAACGAAGAAGAUGAAAGAGACUCGAGGCUUGACAGGCAUCAAGAGGACACGCAGCGAAACCAUCGAGGAAGAAUCCGAAACGCCGACAACGACAGCAAGCAUUUCACGCCAGUUUUCUGAGACAAAGAACACCUUUUUAGUUCAUUUUCCUGUUAGUUUGCACCUGUACCCAUUAAGAGGAAUAUCCACACUGUAAGGAAUUUUUAAAAGUUUUUUAAUUCGAUUCCUGUUCCAGCACCUCACAAACAAAGAAAAAACGCAGAAAGAAAUCUGCAGAUUGCACAUCGCCACGGAUUACGUCAAAGAUCUUGUUUUUAAGUAAAGGAAAAAGGCACUAUUUUUUUAUGAACAAUGAAAGUGUAGCUUUAGAAUUGCAAUGGUGCUAGCUUUGAGAACGGACUUAAGAGGAGGAGAACGCACGUUUUUUUUUGUUUUUCUUUUUAAUAAUAAACUUUCCGUUUUAGGGAAAGUGAGACUUCUGUACAAACAAAAAGAAAAAAAAAAAGAAUUGCUUGGUUCUGGCAGUGUGUGAAAGUGGGAUAUCCACGGUACGCGAGGCACGGCGAUGUGCUGCAGCGGGACAGCCCACAGAGUGGGAGGAGCUUGGGACGGACUAUGGGAUAACACUGAUCCCCCUGGAACGCAGAUACAUACUUCCUGUCUGGCUCUGCAGAAACGCGGACUUGUAUCAAAGGUGGUUAGACACGGCAGAUGUAGAGCAAGUGUGAUGCUUUUUUUUGGUCUUUUAUAAUUAUUUUCUUUUAAAAAGUGUUUUUUCUUUCGUUUGUUUUGUUUUGAAGCCCUGUCAGUUUCUGGUACCGUGACAUUCCUGUUUUUCUUAAUUUUUGUUUGGUUAUUUUAUAUUAUUUUGCAUUUUUAAGACAAAAAAAGGCACACAUUUCAAUUCAAAGGGAAAAAAAGCAUAGCAAUAAUGUCAACUAACAUUUUUAUUUUAUUGUUUAUCUGUAGUAUUCACAUGCUUUUGCUUGAAAACAAAUACUUGAAUAUGUAUAAUUAGUGUCCAGGGACGUCAUGUUAUCUCUCUUAGUCAGAGCUGUAUCUUGCGUUUUGAGCCGGCAAUCUUUUUUUCACAAAUAACGGCACUGUAUAAAGGCAUUAUUUAUUUUGUUAUAAAAAUAUAUAUAUAUGAAAAUUGGUCCAAAUAAUAUACUUAGCACUGAUGCGCAACUGGCAAAAUUAUUUUAUAUAUUCUCUCCUUUUCUCUUUUGACUCAAACUGCUUUUCUUUGUAGCUGCUUUGUACCAAAAACGAUUCUCCCCUUUUCUUGUCACCACCACAUUAUCUCAGUUAGAUUUGCAAACCCAGUCCGCAUCGCUUAGGCAUGUUAUAUUGCAAAAACCUGGCACAUAUCUUAAAUGUUCUUCCCAUUACGGCUUUUCUGUCCCCUUGACGGGGCACAUAGAUGAAAUAAAUAAGGAGAAAGUACCAGGAGAUUCACCUUCUUAUAUACAUUGAUUGUAUUCACUAUAUUCUAAGCCACUUUAGUAUUAAUGUUGAGAGAACAGCUGUCCAUAUGUUUGCCCGGCAGCAUGUGCUCAUAUGUGAAGGAUUGGCGUCAGCAUGUGUCCCCGGGUUAGUGCGGAUUCAGUGGGGAAUUUGGGAUAUUUCACACUGAGGUCAAGGUCAGAGAAGCCCCCCCCUCCCCCUCCCCCCCCCUCAGCUCUCUGACCGACGGCUCGCGUCUGCGAUGUCACCCAUGGGCCGGCAUUGACGGAGCAUCGCCGCUACCGUUGACUCCUACAUGUCGACCAUGUGCAUUUUAUGAAAGGUUACCGCACACGUUAAAACACUCAGGAGAAUUUGGCUGAGGAGAGUUCGGGAACGCGAGAGUGACCACAGCUAGCCUCUCGCCAUGGCGGCACGCAAAGCUCGCACAGCCUAAUGGGACUCGGGCCAGAUUUUUUCCCCUUUCUUUUGGGUUUUCUUUGCCCCCUUUUGCCACAUGAAAUGAACUUUGCCCGGCUGCGUAGACUGAGCUGGGUGGGAGGUAACACAGCGAUUCAACCAAUCUCCCUCCUGGGGGGGGGGCAUAUCUCUCGACAGGCCCCCCUGCUCCCUAUCUCCUUGCGUGCAUGUAUGAGUGUGUGUAUGCGUGUGUGUGUGUCUGAGCUCACAACAAUCCUUUCGGGGGGGUCUCUGCCCUCUGGUCACCUCCCCUGCAUCCCCCCUCCCCGAUGUCUGUGCACACACACUGGACUGUUGUAUGUCAGUGUAUGUCUGAUCGUUUGAUAUCAGUUGUGUCACAAACCAGUGCAAUUAUUAUUAUUAUUGUUAUUAUUAUUAUUAUUAUUAUUGUUCUUGUUGUUCUUGUUGUUCUUGUUUGGGGACUCCAGAUAAUAAUGUCUUUCCAAUGACUUCACAUAAGGCUUAAAUGUUGGGUUUAUACUCUUCCCUUUGACUGAGACUGCAUACACACUGAUCACCUUGUCCGGACAGGCUGCGUAGACGGUCUUUGGACGUCGGAUAUGAAGGGAGCCCCAUGCUGGCUGGUGGCAGCGCCAUUUCCACUAACGUCAGUGGCCGUGCUAAGUCUCCACGUACUUCAUUAAUUUAACCUCUGCACGCUAAGACGUCCGAAAUGCACAGUUCAUGUACCCUCAUUUUUAAUAUCAAUAAAACAGUUUAUCAAAUUA